UAGAUACAGCUGUUGAGAGCAGUGGGGCCUUGGGGUGGUGGUGGUAGGGUCAAAGUUAUCCCCACAAGAAAAAUCUAUUGCUCUGCUUGUUUCCAAACUCUCCCGCCUUCCCGCUUCUUGAAAAUCCUAGACCUAUUUUCCAAAUUCCAGCAGACCCACCUCGCCAUUUCUUCCUUUUUUUACAGUUUGGGCUUUAGAGAGAAGGAGACUAAAUUCAGCACCAAAAACGUGUAGAGAGAGAGAGAGAGAGAGAGAGAGAGAGAGAGAGUGUGUGUGUGUGUGUGUGUGUGUAGCGGUGGUUGUGGGCUGAUGGAGUGGCUGAGGUAGUGGUGGCAUGCGGUGGAGCUGCCUCUCUGGAAAUGGACACCCCCGAGAGGAACCAGAUCGGCACCCCCAAGGCCAAAUUUGAGGAUUCUCCAGUCUUUAACUAUAUCAGUAGUCUUUCUCCUAUCAAGCCGGUAAAGUCUGUGCACAUUACUCAGACGUUCAGCUCCCUCAGUUUCGCUUCCCUUCCUUCCGUUUUCACUUCACCCCAUGUCAGUUCUCACAAGGAAUCCAGGUUCUUGAGGAGGCAUAACCCUUCAGAUCCAUCAAAACCUGAGUCCUCUCUGGAAAGCGGUAACAAAGUCUCUGUGAAUGAAGAUGCAGCUGAACUCUAUAUUAACGCAGAGGAGCUGCAUGAGAAUUGUGUUCCAGGGGAGUCUGUAGGAGAAGCUUCUGCAGAACCACCUUGUGAGCACUCAAAGUUUGUGAUUGAGCUGCCGCGAAAUUUGAAAUAUGACUGUGGUAGCCCUGAAUGUGACGCAACAACUUCUUGUGGUACUGAGGCAGGUUGUGAGUUGGAAGCGGCUGGCUUGUCAGCUCCACUCGUUCCAUAUGCUCAAAAGACCUCUGAAAAUGGUUCAUCUGAUGGUGAUGGUGAUGCACAUCUACAGAACAUAUGCCAGAGUGGCCAAAGAAGAGAAGGGACAGGCUGUGAUUGGGAGAGUUUGAUCUCUGAUGCUACCGACCUAUUAAUUUUCGAUUCCCCCAAUGCCUCAGAAGCUUUUAGGGGGAUAAUGCAGAAUCCUCUGGACUCCGUAACAAGAUUUUGUAAUUCUCUUAUGCCGCGACUCUCACGGAAUGACAUUAAUGAUGAGCAAAACGUGCUAGUCCUUGAUACAGUUGGUUCCGGAGAACAACCUGAAACUGAAGAUCCUUCCUCUCAAUAUGGAGAAGCUAGUCAGCAGGAAGAUACAGAACUGAUGCAGGACCAUUUGAAUAGUUGUAUGGUUAGCAAUCAAAUCGAGAAAGAAGAUCAGUUCAAUUGUAAGCCUGGUUUAAAUUUGCAUCGUGGCUUGCGAAGGCGCUGUCUGGAUUUUGAGAUGGCAGAAGCUCGCAGGAAGAGUUUAGACAAUGUUCAAAAUUCUAGUUCUUUGUUAUCUCAAUCUGAUGAAAAAAUCACUACAAAUGAUAAGCAACUGGUUCCAAUGAAACCUGGUGGUGAAUCCGCCCGGUGCAUCUUACCUGGAAUUGGUUUGCACCUAAAUGCUCUUGCAACAACCUCAAAAGACUACAAAACCAUUAAGCGUGAAAAUAUGGCCUAUGGUAGACAACUAAGUUUGCCCAACCUCUCUGCCUCUGCUCAUUCCCCCACAGCUGGUCAAGGACCUGGUCAUGAAUCUUUCUCUUCGGCUUCUUCUGAAAGGGACAUGGAUGGCACCGAAAAUGGCGUUCAGCUGCUGCAAGAUGCUUCCCAAGAACCUGCAUUUUUAGCUAAUGAAGAGUUUAACCAGAAUAGCCCCAAAAAGAAGAGGCGCAAGUUCGAACAAGCUGGAGAAACCGAGUCUUCUUGCAAACGUUGCAACUGUAAAAAAUCGAAGUGUCUGAAACUUUACUGUGAAUGCUUUGCUGCUGGUGUCUACUGCAUAGAGCCAUGUUCAUGUCAAGAAUGCUUUAACAAGCCUAUUCAUGAAGAUACUGUUCUUGCAACUCGUAAACAGAUUGAGUCUCGCAACCCACUUGCAUUUGCUCCGAAAGUGAUUAGGACCGCUGAUCCUGUUCCUGAAUAUGGGGAGGAGUCCAGCAAGACCCCAGCUUCUGCACGGCAUAAAAGAGGUUGCAACUGCAAGAAAUCAAGCUGCCUGAAAAAAUACUGUGAAUGCUAUCAGGGCGGUGUUGGAUGCUCCAUUAGCUGCAGAUGUGAAGGCUGUAAAAACGCAUUUGGUAGAAAGGAUGGAUCUUUUGUAGGAACAGAAACUGAGGCAGACGAAGAAGAAACAGAAGCAUGCGACAAGAGUGUGGCUGAAAAUCAUCAACAGAAAAAUGAAAUUCAGAAAAAUGAAGAGCAGCGCCAGGAUUCUGCUCUUCCCUCAACGCCAUUACGGCUUUCCAGACAAUUCUCACUGCCGUUUUCAUCAAAGAACAAACCGCCAAGAUCUUCUACUUUUAACAUUGGAUCGUCUUCCGGAUUAUAUACAAUCACAAUCCAGAAACUUGGAAAACCAAAUAUUCUGCGCCCUGAAUCCAAGUUAGAGGGACAUAACCAAGCAGUUCCGGAUGAUGAAAUGCCAGAGAUUCUUCAAGGAGAUGGGUCUCCUAGCACUGGCAUCAAGACCGCUUCUCCGAAUGGUAAGAGGGUGUCUCCUCCCAAUAAUGAAUUUAGGCCAUCACCUGGUCGAAGGGCGGGUAGGAAACUAAUUUUACAGUCCAUUCCUUCGUUCCCUUCCCUCACUCCCCAGCAUUGAGAUGGUUGGAAUUUCGCGAAGCUAAAUCUUUUAGUAUACCUUGUACUCAAAAGAUAUUAAGUUCAGUUCUGUAAGCCGUUUCAGUUAGUUUCUCUUUUUUUUUUUCUUUUCUGUACUUGUAUCAUAAUAUGUAUCCCUGCUCUCUUGGUUGCAUAAUAUGGAAUUUCAGUCUAUAGUUUCUUCUUUUA